AUGUCUGCGAAGAGACGGGGCCAAGAGGUGAACAUGGACCGACGGUCAGUGUGGCCCGGUGUGGGUCUGGCCAUCGCGUUGCUGCUAACACUUCAGUCCGCCGUGCCUGCCAGUCCUUGGGGGAGGUCAUUGGUUAGCCUGCCGGAAGCUGUCAAGAAGGUGUCUGCCUCGGCAGUGCAUGCUGUGCUGCCCGAAGCGGAGUUGCUUGGGAAGCCUCAUUUGAUCGGGUUCUAUGCUGAGCAGUCGAUGGAGGCGAAGCGGAUGCGAUUCUUGGGUGAUCUGCUCGAGAAGGAGCUACCAGGCACAAAGAUCGUCUGGCUGGAGGCGUGGGAUAACCCACUCAACGAGAGGCUUCGGGCAACAAUCGACUUGAGGAACCAGUGUGGUGGGGUCCCAUAUCUCUUCAACCGCAAGACCGGGAAGGUCUUGUGCGGAGUUGUGGCGUACGACAAGCUGAGAGCAUGGGCCCAGGGAUUGGGGGGCGAUGCGAGGAUCUACCGAGACCUGGGUGAGUGCCUUAAACAGGCCGCCACGUUUGACAAGACCUUGGAGUGCUCCGAGAUCUCUGGCAGCCCCAUGUUUCACCAGUGCUCUGCAGCUUAUGUUUUGCUGCAUGCCUGCUGCGGAUCGGUGGGUGCAGCUAUUAUUGGAAUGUUCCUCGUUGUCCAAGCUAAGAAGCUGGAGCUGAGGCAAGACAAGGAGGGAACCGGUGUGACGGUGGUGGGCAUUGCGGGUAUGAUCUUUGCCCAGACUCUCAUGGUCUUUGCGGCGAAUCCGAGGCGCAUUCCCAAGGAGGCCUUGAUCAUGCUUAAGACGGCGCUUUGUGUGUUCUCUCUCUAUGUGAUCGUCACCACAGCGGAGAAGAAGAAGAUGUCGUGGGCAUUCUGGUUUAUGUUCCUUCUAUACGCCAUCUCCGCGGUGCCGGUCUGCAUAACAAUCUACAGUGUCUCACGACAUGGCAAGAGCACCGAUCGAAGCAGGCUGCAGGAGCUUUCCCACAGUGAGCGUGCAGGGAUGCAUGGCCGAUGCGAAAGAGCCGCAGCAUCCACCAAGAUUGAUAUGGACCGCAAUGCUGCGGCAACUGAGGAGGAGGCAUGGCGUCGCUUCGACGAAGCCAUAGAAGCAUUGCGGUGUGCUAGGCAUGCUGACCAGGCCAAAGCGCCUGACGACGAGCUGCUCGCGAAUCUGGAGUCCUUGUCGGCACCCUUCAGGGGCAGCAGCCGAGUGCUCAUCGUGAGCUCUGGUGGUAAAACAAUUUUCGAGUUUGACUUCCACGUGCAGCAGUGCUCUGGCUGGAUUCAGCUGACAUGCACCAAAAAACCUCCGAAUGUUCUGCUUCGCUCAUCUACUCGCGUAGGUACCUCGUGCUACAGAGAUGUUUCGGGUUCUAUCAUUGCCUUCUGA